UGGAGACAGUGGGAUAUGGUGAUCAAACAGACACAGAAGCCAGGACAUUCCCUGAAGUCUCUUGAUCUAUUAACAAUGAAGAACCUUGACAGUAAGGUGAACAUUAUACUGCUGAUUGCCAAAGCAGACACAAUUUCUAAAAAUGAUUUACAGACGUUUAAGAGUAAGAAAAUGUGUGAAUUAACAGUGGCAUCCAGAUAUAUCAGUUCCCAACAGAUGAAGAAACUACUGCUCAUGCAAACUUCUCAAUUAAUAGUCUCACUCUGUUGCCCAGACUGGAGUAUAGUGGCAUGAUCUCGGCUUACUGCAAUC